GGUCCGGUCCAGGGAGGUGACAACAGGACAGGGGCGGCCGGGGAGGCGCCCUCAGGUGGAGGCGGGCGCGGGUGACCUCAGCUCGCGCCCUUUCCCUCUGCCGGGCAUGAGCUCGGCGUCUGCCCCACGGCUGCGCGCGCUCCAGCGACACCUGGGCUCCCGGGAGGGCAGAGGCAUGGAGCCAGCCCGCAGCCCGCUGACCACACACGUGCUGGACACUGCCUCAGGGCUCCCAGCCCAGGGCCUCUGCCUCCGUCUGUCGAGGCUCGAGGACCACGGCCAGCAGUGGACAGAACUGAGGAGAAGCUACACCGACCCCGAUGGCCGCUGCCCUGGGCUCCUGCUGCCAGGCCAGAUGAAGGCGGGCACCUACAAGCUGACCUUCGACACCGAGGGUUACUGGAAGAAAAGGGGGCAGGACAGCUUCUACCCAUAUGUGGAGGUCGUUUUCACCAUCACCAACGAGACCCACAAGUUCCACGUCCCCCUGCUGCUGAGCCCGUGGUCCUACACCACCUACCGAGGGAGCUGACCACCAGCUGGUCCCAGAGCACCAACGCCCUCACUGUGGCCUGAGCCUCCCCCAGCCCUCCACGGGGGCUCCAUGCUCCUCGUGGGGCCUCAGUCCCACUUCCUGGGCGACGUUCCGGCCCCCAAGUCCUAGUGGCUCUGUGACUUGGGCAUCAAUAAAGUCGCUGUGGCACCUGCA